UGCUUUUCUUUUACUGAAAAAAAAGGUGCACAAGUCCACCAAAAGUCUUCUCCGACCUUUCUCUUGUCUGCUUCUCAAUAUCUCUGCUUCAGCAAAAAUAUUUAGGUUGAGAGGGAAGAUUUGAAGUUAAAGAUGGGAAAUACUCUUGGGUUCCUAUAUGGAAAAUGUUGCAAACCCACCAUCACUGGGGAUUCUGAUUCAGUAGGACCACCUUACACCACCACAGCUCCAGGGGUUUCAGCUCUUGCUCAUGAUCUCUUCAACUUUGAAAUCACUUCCCAGGUUCCUGAAGAUCUCAGUCAACAUGUUGUAUCAUCAAGGAAGGCUCAGGUCAAAUGGUAUGCAAAGCUACUGCAGGCAUGGAAAGAAGCAAAACCCCCACCAAAAACCCCUGAAGAGGUUGCUAGGCUUAUUGUUGAGACCUUGAGUAGGCAUCAAAAGGAAGAUGUUGAGGGAUUGCUGGAAUUCUACGGUCUUCCUCGUCCUUCGAUCGUCGUGGAAAUUUCUACCGGAGUCCCGACGAGGUUGCCUGAAGGAGUGGAGUUUGAAAUGCAUACACUACCUGUAGAUGGGAAAACGGUACCGGAUGGUGAUGGUUUAAAUGUGUAUGUGGAUACUGCUGAUCCUAGGGAGUCAUCAAAUGUACCUAGAGAUGUUCUCAAGGCUGCAAUCCGAAGAUCAAAAGCACGUGCUAAGAAGAACUAUGCCAGGGCUGAUGAACUCCGCCAGAUGAUUAUCAAAUCCGGAUACCAGGUCAUAAAUCUUCAAAACGAAGAGAUUCUUGCUCGAAAGUAUCGGAUUCGACUAAGGGGUAUAGAUGCACCCGAGAAUGAAAUGCCGUAUGGGAAAGAAGCAAAAGAUGAGUUGGUUAAGCUUGUUCAUGGGAAGUGUUUGAGAGUGCUCGUCUAUGGGGAAGAUCGUUACGGUCGCUGCGUUGCAGAUGUAUACUGCAAUGGCAUAUUUGUGCAGGAAGUAAUACUGAAGAAAGGGCUCGCAUGGCAUUAUGCGGCCUACGACCAACGAGCUGAACUUGCAACUUGGGAAAAGAAGGCUCGGGCAAAGCGAAUGGGACUUUGGGCACAAUCAAACCCUGAGAAGCCAUGGGAGUGGAGGAAGGACAAAAGAGAAGGUAGGUAACAUUGUCCUCGAGGAACGAUAACGUCUCGAAGUGAUUGGAAUGCAAAGAAGAAUGUGUAUUACUUGUAAGAACAUGUUUGAUCCAUUCCCAUAUUUGUUGUAUGUAUGUAUGUUUAACUAUAAUAAGGGGCUUGUUUACUUCCUUC